AUGUCGUCCACUCCGGGCGAACCCGGCAAGACAUACCAGCUGCUCUUCCUGGGCGAUCUGAUGCUUGGCCGGCUCAUCGACGCGCUCCUCCCCACCAGCAUUUCACGGCAAUCACCACAUACCGAUCCCGAGUCCGCGGCGCGAAUAGUCGACCGCCACUUCAUUCCCCAUCAUGUCGAACUGAAGUCCUACAAUUAUCUGUCACCCUGGGGUACCAGCGUGGACUUGAUCCGGAGUGCAGAUCUUGUGCUCGCGAACCUCGAAACCGCUCUGACGACAAGCGAGCGUCGGUGGCCGGACAAAAUGUUCAACUACCGCAGCCACACGGAGAACGUACGGUGUUUGACAGAGGUGGGGAUGGGGAGCGGGUUGGGAAGAGGGUAUGUGAGUCUGGCGAACAACCAUACGUUGGACUGGGGGGUCGAGGGCCUGGAGGAAACCGUCAAGACCCUGGAGAAGAACGGGGUGGAAUAUGCAGGGGCGGGAAGAUCGAAGGAGGAGGCAGCCAGGCCCGCGAGGCUGAGACUGAGGGGGGAGGAGGGAAGGGACGUCAAGUGCUGGAGCUUCUCGGAUCAUCCGAGUGACUGGAGAGCGGUGGACACUUUCAAUCUGAUCGAUUACACGAGAAGAGGUCGGGAGAGGAUCAAAGAGCAGCUUACAGCCAAGGAGCAAGAUGAAGGACAGAGAAAAUUGGGAUUGAAGGUGGUGUCGAUGCACUGGGGCCCAAACUAUCGGUGGCAUCCGGCGAAGGAAAUCGUCGACAUGGCGCAUUGGCUGAUCGAUGAGUGUGGAGUGGACGUCAUUCAAGGACAUAGCAGCCAUCACGUCCAAGGGGUGGAGGUUUAUAAAGGGAAGUUAGUGGUGUAUGGGUGUGGAGACUUCGUGGAUGAUUAUGCGGUGGAUCCCAGGUGGAGGAAUGAUUUGAGUGCAGCCUGGAGGGUGACGGUUGGGCAGAAGGACGGAAACGAAAGGCUGGAAGUGAGGAAGUUGGAAGUGUUUCCAAACAGGAUUCAACUGUUUCGGGCGAACUUGUUGAAGAGAGACGACGAGGAUCAUGAAUGGGUGGAGAGAAAGUUUAGGGAAUUAUGUAACGGAUUUGGGACGCGGGUGGAGAAAGAUUUGGGACACGACGGGCAGAUUGUGGUCAAUGUCCAGGCCCAAGUCUGA